GCUCUCACACCCGUAUCUUCGCACAGUCUUGGCGUUCAAGCCACUCCAAGUUAGGAUCACGAUCCAUUGUCAACAACAAUACUAUAAGACCAAAAGUUUCUCUUUUUCGACCCUUUUGGCAACCCUCCAUCCUUUUCUUUCCGUCUCCAUGUGAAAAUCCGAUCUCUCUUCCCUAAUCCAAAUAAAACCCCGCCCUCCCCUCCCCGGCACUCGAAACCCUAAUCAGAGGCACAGAUAGAGAUCGCCUCAAUGGCUCUUCCCAUCUCUCCACAAGAUUAGGCGGUUGCAGCGGCAGGCGGCUUGGUUGCGAUCGACGGUGCCCCUCCGCCGGUUUGCUCUAGGCCGAGUUGCCUCCUCCACGGUUUCCGCCCUCCGAGAUGGCCAUUGUCCCGCCGCCGUCCACGCAGCCAUCCCAACAGCCGCCGUCUCCGCCGCUGGCCCGCCUCCAGUCCCAACCGCCUGAUAAUGAUCGGAGCAGUGGGGAGCUUCGCGCUUUGGAUUGUAACCUUGCUUCCCUCUGUGACCACAUCCAGAUGGAGGGGUUCAAUUCGGGUGCAUUCUCCGAUGUAGUGGUGCAGGCGAUGGGCUCCACCUACCGACUCCACCGGUUAAUUCUUUCCCGUAGUUCUUAUUUCAGGAAUAUGCUUCAUGGUCCUUGGAAGGAAGCUGGUGAGCCUACUGUGGUCUUGAAUAUUGAUGAUGCUAAUGUUGAUCCAGAUGCAAUUGCAGUCGGUUUAGCAUAUCUCUACGGGCAUUAUCCGAAGCUUGAUGACAGCAAUGCUUUCCGUGUUCUUGCAGUUGCUUCUUUUUUAGACCUACAGGAUCUUUGUGCCAUUUGCACAGAUUUUAUCAUUUCUGAACUUUCAACUUCAAACUUUUUAGCAUACCAGGUCUUUGCAGAGAGCCAUGACUAUGGUAUGCAUGGAGAGCGUGUUAGUAAUGCAUGCUGGGGAUACCUUUGUCAAAGUGCCACCAAGGAAUUGAUAGAGGUGCUACCUAAACUUUCUUUACAAACUCUGCAUGCGCUGCUUACAUCUGAUGAACUGUGGAUACCUAAUGAGGAGAAACGGUUUGAGCUGGCACUAUACACACUACUUGCAAGAGGUGCCAUAUCAGAGACAGAACAUUCCACACAAAGAAGCUCCAGUAUUGAGACAGGUUCUACAGAUUCUGCUGGACACAGGGCUAAGAACUUGAUUGAUAGUAGCUGCAGUAAACAACCAACAGAGUCUGAAUUACAACAAUUGAACAUACAAGGAAAUUUAGAAGGACAUAAAGCUGCUCAUAAUAUAUUGGUUGAGUUGGCAGAUUAUGUAGUAGAUUUCCACACAGUGUUACCUUCUUCUAAACAAGUACAAGUGAGACAAAACAGUGGCUCUAACCCAGUGCAGGAUUCAAGGUACUCCAAAUUGAGGCAACCUGCCUCCCCUACAUCUUUAGCUGAUAUGAAUUCAACAAGGCCAUCCUGUUCAUAUAUGGACAUGGGGAAUAGUGUUGAAACUGCCAGAAAGGAGAUUGCUAUGGAAGGACCAUCCGGGGAAAGCCCUUGUUACAAUUUAAAUAAUAAUCUUUGGCUUGCUAGGGACCAAUCAAGAGAGUCCUUGAUGAGCCUAACUGGUAAUGAGACAGCACGGAAUGACUGGGGUAGGUCCAAUGUGCCCAUAUGGGGUGGCCGAGUAGUAGGUAGGAGACAGGUCACAAAUGCUGAGGUCUCCUCUUUACGUGAUGAAGAGUUUGAUGCCUUCAUGAAAAUAUUUGAAGGGGGUUCUCUUCUCUACUGUAACAUGUCCUUUGAGGCACUUUUAAGUGUUAGAAGGCAACUAGAAGACUUGGGAUUUCCCUGCAAAGCUGUAAAUGAUGGCCUUUGGCUGCAAAUGCUCCUGUGUCACAGGGUUCAAGCAAUUGUGGCUGAUGCUUGCAAAAACUGUUGCUUGACAAGCAGUGCAUGUGCUUGUAGACAGGCUUAUGGAUAUUCACAUGGAGGAGGUCCAGUUGGUUAUUACAGGCAAGAACAUGACCGAAACAAUAGUUCUAGCACCAACGGAAAUAUAUACCUUGCAAAUGCCCAGGGUGAUGGAAGUGGCUUAUUUGGGCCUGUUCGUGUCCCUGUGAGGGGAACAAUUGAUGGGCUUGCAGGCAUUGGGCGAGGAACAACAUAUGAGCAUGGUGCAGCUUGGCCUCCAACACGUUAUGUAUUUUCUCGUGUUCCGACAGUACUUGGCAAUAGAAAUCCACAGCAGACACUUGGCAAUGAUGAAUCAGAAGCACGAAUUGAUUUGAAUGGUGAUGUACCAAGUGAUGGUUUAACAGCUUUAGUUGGUCUUGUCCAAGGAAACAAUCUUGUUCAUAUCCAUGCAGAACAAAGAGGAAGAAUGUGUGAAGCAGAAAUACAGAACAGGUUUGCUGCUGCAGGAUCUCACCCUGGUGCAUGUGGCAUUUCGUCACAGAUGUUAGAAUCGCGGGAGCAGACUCUUGGACUUGAAUGGGAAAGUUGUGAGGGCUCAUCGAUAUCCUUGGACCUAAAAACUCCAUUACGCCAUUUUCCUCCAUUUCGCUUUGGGGUAGAAUUUGAAGAUGUUGACAGACUUGGUGAUGGUCAAGUGAAGCACUCUUCUGAAGUAUUUUAUGCUGGGUCUCUGUGGAAGGUAAGUGUCCAGGCUUUCAACGAUGAGGAUCCUCAAGGACGCCGCACACUUGGAUUGUUUCUCCACCGACGGAAGGCUGAGCUUACAGAUUCUCUCAGAAAGGUGCAUAUGUAUGUCGACUCUCGUGAGAAGGUCACAGCUCGAUAUCAGUUAAUAUGCCCCUCAAAGAGGGAAGUCAUGGUGUUUGGAAGCUUUAAGCAAGCAGGGACAUUACUGCCUAAAGCUCCGAAAGGAUGGGGUUGGCGCACUGCAUUACUAUUUGAUGAGCUGGCUGAUCUUCUCCAUGCUGGAGCUUUACGGGUCACAGCCAUUGUGCAGCUUGUUUGAGCUUCGGUAUUGGCAUAUUAGGGCAAUACAUGGGUAUGUUGGAGUCAUUUCAUUCUGUCUCAAUAUAAAAUUAAUAAAUCGUAAAUAGUUUUUUAAUGUCUUACAGCAGUAAAUGCUGACAAUUUCAUUCUUGUUUUUGGUGGGCCAUCCUGCUGUAGGUCUCACAAUCUUAGUUAUUAUUGUAUAAAACCUUAAUCUGUGUUAUAUGUAGUACCAGUUAAGCUUCUCA